AUGGACUCACAAACAAAGUACGCCCUAAUCACAGGCUGUAGCGAUGGCGGCAUCGGCUCAGCCCUCGCCCAAGCAUUCCACAGCAAGGGCAUCCACGUCUUCGCCACGGCUCGAGAUAUCUCCAAACUUCAAGGCCUACAAGAUCUCUCCAAUAUAAAAUUCCUUCAACUGGACGUGACAUCCCCCGAAAGCAUUGCGGCAGCGUACAAGAUUGUUGAACGAGAGACUAAUGGCAAACUACAUUAUCUGGUUAACAACUCUGGCGCGGGCUUCGUGAUGCCUCUCUUAGACUCGGAUGCUGAGAUGGGACAGAAGAUGUUUGAUGUUAAUGUUUGGGGCGUUGUUCGAGUCACUCAGGCUUUUGCGUCGCUGGUGGUUAAUGCGAAGGGGACUGUUGUGAAUAAUGUGUCCACGGCUUCUUGUUUGGGGUUACCAUAUCAAGGAAUGUACUGCGGCUCCAAAGCGGCGAUUCGAUUAAUGAGUGAAACGUUGGCAUUGGAGAUGAAACCACUGGGUGUGAAAGUGAUUAUUGUUAUCACGGGAAACAUCCGGACACGAUGGUUCACCAACUCCCCAAGGUUUGAACUACCAGAGGGUUCUUACUAUGCCUCGAUUAUUGACCAGAUUGGGGUCUUUGCGAGGGGAGAACAAGGGCAUCCGGAAAUGGAGCCCAAGGUGUAUGCAGAGAAGGUUGUGGGUGAUGUCCUCGGUGGAGCUGAAGGGACGAUAUGGCGAGGUGCACAGUCAAGUACUAUUAGAAUCGCUAUGUCUAUCAUUCCAACUUGGUUGCUGAAUAAACUUGCUUUCAAGGGAACAGGACUCGAUACCCUGGAGAUAUAA